AUGUCAGUGGCAUCCUCAAUCCCAUACAUCAAACUCCCAAACCCUUCCUCGUCAUCUUGCACCUCCCCAUGUUCCUCUUCAUCAACCUCCUCAGCGUCUUCUUACUAUAGGUUUUCUCCAACAACAAAGCCUUAUAUUGUGACCAUAAGGAGCUCUCAAGCUGAAGGGCCUGUAAGGAGACCUGUGGCCCCUACUGUUAGAGAGCCUUCCCCGCCUGCAGCACCAUCGUCUCCCGUGAAGCCUGUCCACCCUUCACCGUCUUCUCCAGUGCCUGUGGAGGACAAGAAUGUGAUUACUUUGGAGUUCCAGAGACAAAAGGCCAAGGAGCUUCAAGAAUAUUUUAAGCAGAAGAAGCUUGAGGAAACAGAUCAAGGUCCUUUAUUUGGGUUCGUUGGCAAGAAUGAGAUAGCCAAUGGGAGAUGGGCAAUGUUUGGCUUUGCUGUUGGAAUGCUAACAGAGUACGCAACGGGCUCAGACUUUGUUGAUCAAGUAAAGAUACUUCUCUCCAAUUUCGGGAUAGUAGAUCUGGAAUAA